GACUUGAUGAUGUCCACGGCGCCGGGGCAUCCUUUCUUCUACGAGGCGUUGAAGAGCAUCCGGGAGUACGUGUCCAAGCACAAGCAGACGGUAUGCGAGCGAGACAGGAGUACUCCGACAUACGACCUCAUGUUCCUCACGGCGUGGGGGCGGCUCUCGAUGCUGGCGCGCGCUUGGUCAGCAGCUGGUCUUAACCAGACGAGCCUCCAGUUCUUGGAAUCUCUUUUCCUACGCGAGCCAGUGGAUGCCACCUUCGCCCACCUUGCUUUGCAUAGCCUCGCCAACCUCAGUAUCGAGGAGAUUCAACUACAUCCGCCGCCAAAGAGUGAGCUGCGUCUUGAGCGAUGGCUCGAGCGCAUGCUGCGGCUCCAGGAGCAAAGCCCUCCACGAUUUUUGACCCUCCCGCUGUCAGAAGAGCGGUUCGGGAGGAUGAAGGUUUUGCAACAGGCUCCCGACCUUCUCAUCGUCCCGGUGGCGGUGAGCCCCGUCCUGCCCAAAGCGGCACUGCGGGAGCUGCAUCUUCAUUGCCUGGGCGACGUUACCUGCUUCCAGCGCAACAUCAGCGCAGAGGCACAGCGACAGCUGCCCAACCGCGAUCCCCGGCACUCUUGGCUGCUCGUUUUCAACGAGGACAACGGGAUUUGGGAAGGCAGCUGGAAUCGGCCUCAACAGGAGGCUUUUGAGCGAGCUGCCGCAAGCUUUGCGCACAGUGAAUUAUGA